AUGUGUCCUAAAGAUUUUGCUGAAAAAGAGAAGGCAGCAGAAAGGGCUUUGGAAGAUGUGAAGGCUAACUUUUACUGUGAAUUAUGUGACAAGCAGUACCAUAAACACCAUGAAUUUGACAACCACAUCAAUUCCUAUGAUCAUGCACAUAAGCAGAGAUUGAAAGAGCUGAAACAAAGGGAAUUUGCACGAAAUGUGGCUUCAAAAUCCUGGAAAGAUGAAAAGAAACAGGAGAAAGCUCUCAGACGACUUCAUCAGCUGGCUGAGUUGCGGAAGCAGUCAGAAUGUGUUGCCGGAUGCAGACCCAUGUUUAAAAGUCCCCAGGUAGUUGUAGAACAACCACAGCAACAAGCACAAGACACUUUUCUCUUAGCUCAAGCAGAGAAAGCCAAGAUUGCAGAUGAAAGGAAAAGCUCCACCAGCCACCAGUCCGAAAAACUACAGGAGCCUUUGUUAAACAAGGAUCAAUCAUGCAUAGAGAGACACCAUUUGCUUAAAAAUCAUAUGUCUCCAGAAUUCCCCUGCAGCACUAAUGCUUGUAACAGAACAGGGGUGUCCUUUUCCUUCUCUAAAAAAGUCCACUUGAAGCUUGAGUCAUCAGCAUCUGUGUUCAGUGAGAAUGUGGAAGAAGCACAUGACCACAUGGAGUCACCAAAGCAAAAAGUGAAACAAGCUGCUGAGGAAUGUUACACUUGCAUCCAUAGGAAUAGCAAGAGGAAAACUAAUGUACAAAAACCAUUAAGCACACUUCAGAGCCACCAAGACAGCAUUGAAGUAUAUAAUCUGGCUGGAAGAAAUAAACCACAUAAAGAAAAUAACCAAAACAGCAGCAAAGAAUCAGUGGAAACUCAUCUUCCAUUUUGUAAGGAGAAACAGCAUUCUCUAGAUUUGGAAUGUAUCAGCUCUCCUGAUAUAAAAUCAAGACAGCUGCUGAAGACUCGGAAAUCUAUACAAGGUUUCAUCACAUCUCAGUGCCAACCUACCAGUGCUUGUAUACAGCAACAAGCUUACCGGCACAGCAAUAUCUUGCUAACAGAAUGUGACUCUGAAUUCCCAGGCCAAGAGUCAUCUGAAGGAGGGCAUUCAUGUGCAAUACACUUUAAUCCCUGUAUAUUCAAACACUCUUCUGAUUCUUCAAAAACUAUGGCUACGGAUAACAAAACAUCAAAAAAAGAUGAUUUGGUUCAUGAAAUUAAGCCUAAAACAUUUCCUUUUCUUCAUGUACUGAGUAAAGAUGGCAGCACAGCCUUCCAUUGGCCCAUAGAACUUCUUUUGUUUACAAAAACAGAACCUUCCAUUUCUUAUGGCUGCAAUCCAUUAUAUUUUGACUUCAGACUUCCCUUAUACCAUAAAGACAAUGGGCAGCAUGAAGUCAAUCCAGAAACUUCUCAAGAGUAUUCAAGAACUAUGGAUAUAGAUAAAAAUCAUGCCUUGGAUCUAUCCAAGAAGAAGCAAUUGUCCACUAAAAAAGAUAACUUUUUAAAGCCAAAGAAGAACAGUGCUCUAUAUCUCAAAAAGUGCCAGCUAAAAUUAUAUAAAGAGAAAGAAAACAAAAUUAAUUGUAAUGCUCCAAAGUACAUUUCGGAUGAUGUGAAUGAAAAUAUACCUAAUGUGCCUGCUUACCUUAAUUGUUCACAAAGGCAUUGUACAAUAGCAACAAGUCACCAUACAGAAAUGUGCAUGAGAUCUUUGGCACAACACUUUCAUAACUGUGAAACAACAGCACAGGAUGAAGUUGGUGAAAAUGUUUGCAUUUAUCCUUUGGCAUCUAGGACAAAAAAGCAAAAAUGUGGAAAAUGUGAUUUAAUGUAUUCCCAGGAGCAAACAAAUCUGGAUUUGGUCACUUGUACAAGUAACAUAAAUGAAAAUGGAAAAGAUACACCUCUUGGUUGUAAGUUAGACUGCCCUGGUGAGUGCUUGGAAAAGGAAAGCAAUGUGAGUUUUGCUAAUGAUUUUUGGAAAUUCUGCCCUUUGCAAAAACCCUCGUCUGACAGACAGUCUAAUUAUUCCGACAUCUCCAUCGAUAGUGAAACUAGCAACACAAGUUGCUACUGUAACCAUAGAUCAAGCAAUCAUAGUAGAAGUAAUUUAUCUUUUUGUUGCAAAAGGAAACAAAAGUCAACUGGAAGACAGAAGUGUAAACACAAAAAGCACAACUGCCUUUCAUCUUCUGAUGAAGCAGAUAUAGACUGCUUUAACAACAAAAAAAGCCAGCGAUCUGCAGAUUGUACUCAGAAGCAUCCAAUAAAAUAUCAAAGAUAUUUGAGAUAUGGGCACUUGCUACAAAGAGAAAGAGCGAAGCAAAGUAGAAAUAGAUAUCCUGUCUGUAAACACAGCAGGAGCAGGAAAUAUGCCAGUUCCCAAGGUCCUUGCAUCUAUGAUUCAGGAAGCAGUGAAAGAUCAACUUCCACUCAAUCUAGAGGUAGCAGUUCAGGAUCCUUCAUGAAGGAAUCAGUGCAUAUCUGGAAUGAAGACAAAAAGACUAUGAGAAGCAAUGAAGAAAAAGAAUCCUGCUCUACCCAUUCAGAGAACCAGAAUGUGAACUGUGCCUCUAAGCAUAAGCAUGGGAUUUGCUCUGAUGACUGGUUGGAAAAGGAAGCAGCAAGACAGAAGUCAUUAACCGCCAAGUUACUUUUACAAAAGGUAAAAUCCAAAAGAAACCAGGAGCAAAUUGAGAGCACCAGCAGCUUUUCAAAAGCUUGCAGGAUAGAUGUCCCCUCUAAUCUGCCUGAUACAUCUUCCAUGGAGAGUGAAACAAUACUGCCUUCACAGGAGAACACGCACAGUGUUGACAUGAACUGUGUGUGGAAUCAUGAAACUGGUGAAAUGGAAAACCACAUAAACAAACAUUUGACCCUAGAUAAUAUUAUGGGCAAUACUAGCUAUAGUAAUUGCCUGCUCCAAGACUUAAUUCAAAGAGGAACCACCUGCCAAACCCUAAAUAUGGAAGCAAGCACAACAAUAAAGGAGAAGACAGAUCUCUUAACUGAUGAAACACAACCUCUUCUACAAAGCUGUGAUCCAGUGACAGGUGAUUUUCCUGGUCCUUUUCUUUCUCAUAGAUAUUCUCUUGCUCCAAAUUUUAUCGACACCAAAGAAGAAUACAAUACAAGUAUGGACGUGCUUCAAGCAGAAGAGAAUCUAAACUAUUACCCUGACAAUGCUAUGCAUAAAUCCAAUGAAACAGAAUAUAAGACUGAUCUUUAUAGUAAGUGUAUCUCCCCUCCUUUAUCACAACAUCCUAUAAUAUUUUCCCCUGAUGAAAUAGACAAAUACAGGUUUCUACAGCUACAGGCCCAGCAGCACAUGCAGAAACAAUUUGUAGCAAAGCAUCUCAAGGUUCUGUCUACUACUGGACCAGCCACUUUGUCUGCAUCCCCAGCAGUUCAGUCUGUUCCAGUCCAGCAGCACACUUCGGUUGCUACCCUCCACCAAACCUUUCUGCAACGCUUAGCUUUGUCCACUGGGGCUCAUCCACAUAGCAGCAAUCUUUCCCUAACCCAUUUACAUCCUUUCUCACAUGCUCAUCUUGCACCCAUGUCAAUUUCGCCAUUUGCUUCAACCUUCCUGCCAACUCACACAGCGCUAGUGUCUGGUCAUCCCUUCCAUUUGGUAUCAGCCACUCCUAUUCACCCUGUUACCCAACUGGCAAUCCCAUCCCUGCCUCCCACUGCCUUUAUUCCUACUUGGUUCACUCCACCGCUGAGUGCAACUGCAUCCUCCACAAUGCAUUUCAAUCCUUUGAUUCAUCCAUUUUUUCAGGGGCAGAAACUUCCACCUUAUUCUUGAACAUGGUAUGUACAUUGGUUCUCUGAACUGAGAAAAAAAAGUAAGUUGAAAAAUAAAUAGCAAGGUCACUGUCCUACAUUUUAAAAAGCAAUUUACAAUGGAAAGUCCCAUUUAGUAAUGUAAUUGUUUUCCGUUUGAGAAGUCAUGGUUUAUAUACUCCAAAUAUAUCAAGAAUGUUGAGCAAAAUCAAAGCUGGGCUGACACAGCACAUAAAUUUAAUCAUUAAACUGUUGAGAAGAGAGUUAUUUGUCACAAAGCCAUGUCUACUUCUUACUGCAGUCCUUUGCAAUUUGGCACAGUCCAGAUGUAAUUUGACUGCAACUUCUAAAAUUCCCAAACUAUUUGGAAGGUGCCUGAUUAGGAGAUAUUGUCUGACAACUCCCUUUAAGGUUUAGCAUGGUAUUUGCACUAUAGUAGGUAUUUUCUUUAAACAAAAUCUAUAUGUAUUUUCAAAAAAGGAUGCAUGGAAGAAUGGUUAACCUUGGAAAGCUUUUGGAGUACAUAAACUCCCAAUUCUCCCAUCAUCAUGCUAAUGAAGUUUGGCAGCACAUAACAGAUUUUAAGCAAUGCAAUUUUUUCUUGUUCUUUAAAAAAUGCAAUAAAAAUGAAAUAUGUCCCCAACUCUCCCCAGAAACACAGGCUGAAAACUUUGGCCCCUCUCCCUCAGGGAAAAGAUUGCAUCCAUGCUCUUGCAUCAUCACUGCUUAGAGAACCAAAUAAUAAUCAUGAGAGGAGGAGGAGGAAGAAUAUGUAUGAUUCACAGUCUAAAAAUGGCUCUGCCACAUGCUUGUAUUUAAAAAUAAAUAAAUAAAGAUACCCCCAAGGCAAACUUCACUUCUAAUGAUUACAUGGACAUAUCGUAAUUAUCAGAUUUGUUUGACACAAAUAUAAAAGCAGUUUCCCAUUGCCUUUCUCCAGGAUGUUCUUUUAACUUACAGUUGUGACAUUCAUACACGUCUAUCAUCCAACCACUAAACAAGCAAGUAGCAACUGUGAAGGACAAGCAGAGGUUACAGUGACACAAAUAGCAUUGCUUCAAUGCAUGUCCUGCCCCUUUUUCUAUGAUCAUGACAUACAUCUAAAAGGAGCAGAGCUUUGCUGCUGAACAUUUCUGUUUAGCUUCUAAGGCCAGAAAGAUUACUAAGGUGCUUCCAGGAAUGCUCUAUACUUGUGGCCUUGUAUUCUAAGAGCAAAAUACAGCUUUUUCUUGUCCAUAAAGAUUCAUAAUCACUAAAUCAAAUAAGCAGCCUGUGAAUAUAAUUACAUUACAAAUGUACUUGUACAUUAAGAUUACAAAUGUAUGCACAGAUUCUUCAACUAAACUACAUUUUCCAAACUGUGUUGGGAUCUCUCCCUCCAUUCCUAGUUUCUAAUUCAUGCUUUAAACAAAGAUUAUAUGGAUCAAAUUUUGUGAGACUUGUACCUACUAAAAAUCCAUUAAACCAUAAUAUAUAUAAAUAAUUACAUCCAUUAUUUUAAUACAUUUGCAUUUCUUUUAGGCUGCAAAUAUGAAUAUAUAUCUUUGAGAUUAUUAAUUUAACUGAAUCAAUUUUUAAAUUAUGUGGUUCAGGAUGUUGCUAUGGACAGCUGUUAGAAAUUACCCUGAUAAACUAGAAAGGGAAAAUGAAAAUACUUCAUAGUUUUGUUCAACCACAAAGUACUUUUCAGUAUUGGUAAGAUCCAAAAUUAAGCCAUGCAGAUUUUUAAACAGAUCAAAGGCUGGUAUAUGCUUUAAAAUACAAAAUUUAGUCCUUUAUAUUUUAUAAUUUCCUUUACUUAGAAUAUCCAUUGAAGUUACUAUUGUCAAACUUAAAAAUGGGAAAUUGUGACUGAAAUAAAGUGACUGAAAUUUAAAACAAGCCACUUGCCACUCCAUAUAUCUCCCUUUUCCUGUCAUGAUCUAAUUUAACAAUUAGAAAAUUGAAUGUACAUUCAGCUAUUCAAGUUAGCUUGUGUUUUGCACACACUGAAAAUCUAGAUCCCAGUGCAAAAUGCAAUCUCAUGCUGAUCUCACCAUAAGAGGGUAGAAAAUAAUUGCUUUGUAGUGACAUAAAAGUGAUUAGAUGAAGCAAACUAAUGAAGUAUAAUGGUUUUCCUGAUAAUUAAACUAUAUAUGUAAACUUCUAAAUACAGCUAUUUGUUAUGUAGGUUUGAAAAAAACUUUAAAAAAAUAAAAAAAUCAUAAAUAUGCCAUUUGA